AUGUCUAACCAAACACCAGUGACAGAUAGCCUUAUUCUGUACAUGGUGGUGGAAGCAGUCAUUGGAAUAUUUGCUAUUAUGGGAAACACCUUGGUGAUCUGGGCAGUGAAAAGGAAUCCAGCCCUGCAGUAUACAACUUUCUACUUUAUUGUGUCUCUGGCAGUGGCUGACUUGGCAGUUGGAGCUUUGGUUAUGCCUCUGGCCAUCAUCCUGACCCUGGAGAUACAAAUGUAUUUUCAUGCCUGCCUGUUUAUUUGCUGUGUGAUCAUCAUGAUGACAAACGCAUCUAUUUUAUCUCUAUUGGCAAUAGCUCUUGACAGAUACAUGAGAAUUAAGGUACCAAACAGGUAUAGAAAUGUAGUCACCAAAAAGAGGACCUCCAUAUGUAUUUUCGUGUCCUGGAUUUUGUCAGCAGCUGGGGCACUGGUUCCAAUGUUUGGAUGGAACAACAGGUCUAGACUUUUUGAUGAAGAAAACAGUAACUUUACUUGUACGUUUCCCAGUGUCAUGCGUUACGACUUUCUUGUUUUCUUUUGCUUUUUUGGUUGGGUUCUUAUACCCUUAUUCGCAAUGACAGUGUUAUAUAUAAAAAUAUUUCAGCUUAUAAGAAAACACAUGAAGAAAAAUAUCUCCGGCUUCCAAGAGAAAACAUUUUCCUAUGUAAAAGAACAUAAAACAACAUCUUUCCUAUUCUUGAUAAUGGGCCUGUUUGCAAUCUGCUGGUUGCCCAUAUCCAUCCUAAACUGUGUAACCUACUUUUAUCCUCCUGUUGUACAGUCUGGUGCUUUCCAACCUAUUCUGUUUCUCAGUAUUUUGCUGUCCCACCUCAAUUCAGUUAUGAACCCCAUUAUCUACACACUAAAAAUAAAGAAAUUCAAGCGUGCAGAGGAGGAGGCCCGCCAGCUAGUGGCGACGAGAGAGAUGGAGUAUGUAGGGGAACCCUCUGAGACCACUCGCCGAGUUUGGAGGGAUGCGGCGGCGCACCUGGAGACCCUGCUUAAGCAGAAAUCACAGCGUAAACUGUUUUUCUCAAAACGAGUGUUUUGGGCGGAGGGUGAUGCUACAGGCAAAUUACUACCCCAACAAGACACAGUCCAUAUUGGGGCAGUCAUGCACCCUACUGGGGCCACUACUCAAGUCCCUGAAUUGAUAUUGGACACGUUUAGCAACUUCUACAAAUCCCUGUACACCUCCCGAGCGCAGUAUACGGAGGAUGAGCUAGAAUCAUUCCUGGGCAGUAUCACACUACCCGCCUUAGCUGUGGCGGACCGGGCUGCCCUAGAGGAACCGAUUUACUGCAGAGGAACUGGAGCAGGCAUUUCGCACCUUUCCUAA